CAGCGUAUAUGCGCAAAAGUAAGGCAUUCUGGGAAAUCCCAGUAUGAUGGUAGAUCGUGGAAGAGCGUAAAUAAAUGUGUGCCUACGUUUCUUCCUAGUGAUGGCUAAUGAACUGAGUAACGAUUUCACCGACAUAUUAUCAGCAGCAUUAGAUGAAUCAGGCAUUGCUGGGGACUUUGAAGAAUAUAAUGAACCUGCACACCAAACUGUGUAUCAAGGACAAUCUCAACCAAUUAUAAGUCAUGUCAUCAACCCCGGUACACUAAAUCCAGGAAUCCCACAACAAACUCAUCCCGGAGCAACGUUUUCAAAUGUCCAGUUGAAGACUCAAGUCUCCAAGGUGCAGAGUAAUCUGUCUUCCCAACUACAUCGAUCGUCAUCAAGUCCUGCAAUUAUCCGCAUUCCAGCCUCCUCCCUACAGAAACAUGGAGAAUCUCUUCAGGGCCAGAUUAAACUCCAGACCUCUCAAAUUCAAUCCAGUUCUAGUGGAGGUCCAAGGAUUAUCAAAAUCACCAGACUUGGUGGGCAGGCACCAAGCACUAUCAAAGUACCUGUGUCAGGAACCACUGUUCCUCUCAGUGGAAUCAUCAACAAAACAACAGGAGGGGUAGCGUCAGUGAAGCUAGGGAGCUAUGUCACAAAAAACUCAGCAGUGCCAACAAUAAAUCUAAAUGAUCUUUCAGGAAGAACUAGUGUUGCCGAGGUUCCGGUUAGUGAUACUUCGAAACCGGCAUCCGAUUCUUUAAAUUGGUCCAACUUAGUCCGGAAAGAUCCGUAUACUGGUGCGUGCAUGAUUAAUUUAGGAAAUCUUGCAACCGCGAGUGGUAAGAAAAUAAUUAUCACAACAACUAGUAAUCAAGUGACAGGUGGUGUGAAUCCCUCGCCUAGCAUCGGUGCUCAAGUUAUGUCAUCAGGUGGCAGGAUUAAUCCCGCAGUUUGUUCCACGUUCGGAGGAAUAACUAUGACUCCUUCAUCUCCAGCAUUGCCAAGAAGUGAUAUUUUAUCCAAUCAGGGUGGAAUGGGGAACAUGAGAGUGAAUUCAUUAACGCCUGGUGCAGUAAAUACUGCUCAGUCCCCCAGUGUGUCCCUCCUACAUGGAAAUCCAACCCUGCAGCACAGCAUGUCUACUCCAGCUCUGCCAGACCUUGAGCAUCCUCACUCAGUGAAUGGACUCAAUGGAAGUAUUCCAGCUAGUUUUAAAGCUAAUGUGACUCACAAAGACUUGUCCAGGUUGUGGAGUAAUGAGGAUGUGAAGCUAAAGAAAGUCGGUCCGUCUGUUCAACAGCUAACUGCACGGCAAAUGUUAGGGGGAGGUGUAGCAUCUCUGGAGGAGGAUGAAGUAGAAGAAGAAGUCCAGGAACUGGGACAUGCAGAAACAUACAAUGAAUAUAUGCCAGUCAAAUUAUCAAUAGGAAUAAAACACCCUGACCCUGUGGUAGAAACCAGUUCUCUUGCUAGUGUUGAGCCGACCAACAUUUGGUACAACUUGUCCCUGCCAGAGAGCAUCAUUGAUAAUGGAGAGCUCUCAGCCUUGCAGUUAGAGGCUGUGACAUACGCAUGCCAAAGGCAUGAAAUAAUUUUACCUAGUAAGGAUCGAGCAGGAUUCCUUAUUGGGGAUGGUGCUGGAGUUGGGAAAGGAAGAACCUUGGCUGGUAUCAUUUAUGAAAACUAUCUACUAGGACGAAAACGUGCAUUAUGGUUGAGUGUAUCAAACGAUUUAAAGGUAGAUGCAGAGAGAGAUCUUAGUGACAUCGGUGCUGGAAGAAUUGAAGUCCAUGCACUUAACAAGUUCAAGUAUGCAAAAAUAUCAUCAAAAGAAAAUGGUAGUGUUAAGAAGGGAGUAAUAUUUGCCACAUACUCUUCUCUGAUUGGAGAAAGCCAAUCCAGUGGGAAAUAUAAGACCAGGUUCAAACAGCUACUGAAAUGGUGUGGAAAGGAUUUUGAUGGUGUUAUAGUAUUUGAUGAAUGCCAUAAAGCUAAGAAUCUUUGUCCGGUGGGCUCCAGCAAACCAACAAAGACAGGACAGACUGUCCUAGAACUACAGAACCGCCUGCCCAAUGCCAGGAUAGUGUACGCUAGUGCCACUGGGGCCUCCGAACCUAAGAACAUGGCGUACAUGACUCGGCUAGGCUUAUGGGGAGCGGGCACUCCUUUUCCUGAGUUUAAUGAUUUCAUUCAGGCUGUUGAGAAAAGAGGAGUUGGUGCUAUGGAGCUGGUUGCCAUGGAUAUGAAGCUCCGAGGAAUGUACAUUGCCAGACAGCUCAGUUUUAAAGGCGUCACGUUUAAAAUUGAGGAAAUUCCUUUGGAUAAAAAUUUUGUCAAGGUCUACAAUGACAGUGUUAGAAUGUGGGUUACAGCAAGGGAACGAUUUAGUAAAGCUGCUGAGCUCAUGGAUGCUGAACAGAGGAUGAAAAAGAGCAUGUGGGGUCAAUUCUGGUCAGCACAUCAGAGAUUUUUUAAGUAUCUCUGUAUAUCGGCAAAAGUUCAACAUUGUGUUGAACUAGCACGUGAGGCAGUCAAAAAUGGCAAGUGUGUUGUCAUUGGUCUUCAAUCCACGGGGGAAGCCAGGACUCUGGAACAGUUAGAGGAACAAGGAGGGGAACUCAACGACUUUGUCUCAACAGCCAAAGGGGUGUUUCAAACUUUGGUUGAGAAGCAUUUUCCUGCACCUGACAGAAGGAAAACUUUUGACAUAUUUGGACUAGGGAAUUAUGGAAAGAAGAAAGAACCUGUUCAACAGACAGAGAACAACAAAAGGAAAAAAGAACAAAAGAAUAACCAAAUUUCCAAAAAACAAAAGAGGAAGGAGGCAAAUUCCGAUGACAGCGAUUCAGACAGCAGUUCUGAUUCCAACUCGGAUAUGAGUGAUUUGGAGCUGGACUUCCACAAAGGCUCAGAUAACAGUGGAACAGAUGUGGAUGACUCCAAUCCAUUUGGAAAUGAUUCAGACAGUGAUGAAGAUCCAUGGCUGAAGAAAAGUAGCAAGAAAAUAAAAAACAAAGAUUUUAGUAAAAAGAAGAAAAAGAAGGGGAAAGAAUUGGAUGUUGAUGAGGAGUUUGACAAGGCAUUAGCAGCUGCAGGUUUACUGAGAAAAAAUUGUCUGGCCAAAGAAAAUGUCAAUACAGUCAACAACUCUAAUAAUGUGGACAAAAAUGAAAAAGAGGAUGCACCUUUAUACAGUAUGGAUGCUGUAGAGCAGGCUGUAGCCAUGAAGAACGAGUUGUUAGACAUGCUCAAUGAAGUUGGAGAGAAGCUUCCACCAAAUACAUUAGAUCAUUUGAUUGACGAGCUGGGAGGGACGGAGAGUGUGGCCGAGAUGACUGGCAGGAAAGGUCGUGUUGUGAACACAGACGAGGGCAUCACCUACGAGUCUCGCAGUGAAAUUGAUGUUCCUCUUGAAAUCCUCAACCUGACUGAAAAACAGAGAUUUAUGGACGGAGAAAAGAAUGUAGCCAUUAUAUCAGAGGCAGCUAGUUCAGGUAUAUCCCUCCAAGCAGACAGACGGGCGAUCAACCAGAAACGACGAGUCCAUGUGACCCUGGAGUUACCCUGGAGCGCAGACAGAGCCAUUCAGCAGUUUGGACGCACACACAGAUCCAAUCAAGUGAAUGCUCCCGAGUAUAUCUUUCUCAUUUCUGAACUUGCUGGAGAACAAAGAUUUGCUUCUACUGUCUCAAAGAGAUUAGAGAGCUUGGGAGCUCUAACUCAUGGUGAUAGAAGAGCUACAGAGUCCCGGGAUUUAAGCAGGUUUAACUUUGACAAUAAGUAUGGCAGAGCAGCCCUGGAAGCAGUGAUGAAAUCAGUGCUUGGCUUUGAUGCUCCACUUGUACCCAUUCCUAAAACUUACGACGGAGACUUCUUCGAAGACGUGAAGAAAGGUCUGGCAGGUGUUGGUUUGAUAAGCUUUGAUGAGAGAAUAGGAGUGCCAUUACUUGAAAAGGAUUAUAAUAACAUCAGUAAAUUCCUGAACAGAAUCCUUGGAAUGGAGGUUGCCCUCCAGAAUGCAAUGUUUAAGUAUUUUUCGGAAACUUUGACUGCCAUUAUAUUGGAUGCAAAGAGAAGUGGAAGGUGGGACAUGGGAAUUCUGGAUCUGGGCUCGGGUGGUGAGAGUGUAAAGAAAAUUGAGACGAAAACUUUUGUAGGAAGUGCAGCAUUAAAUACUGCAAAGACAGAACUCACAACGGUCUCUGUGGAAAGAGGAAUGUCAUUUUCUCAGGCUAAUGACAUCUGGAGGAAGUACACAGGAGUGGACGAUGGGUUCUACAUUUCAUCUAUAGAGAGAAAUGUUAAGAAGACGGUCGUUUUGGCUGUGUUCUUUGGUACAAAUAAGAAAAAAGAGAAGCUGUACAAUGUAUACAGACCAAACACAGGCCGACAGCUUCAUACAGAGCCUCUGUCAAACAUCAAACGGAAGUACAAAAAGGUUUUGCCAGAUAUUGCUAAACCUUGGUGGGAAGACCAGUAUAACUUGUCAGCCAAAAUUUGCAGUCAUGCCUACUGGAGAGGAAGCUGCAAAAAAGCCAACCUGGGCCUUCAGUGUGAGAUAGGUUUGAGGACCCGUACAUUCCACAUUCUGAGUGGGUCCGUACUGAGUGUGUGGAGUAAAGUGGAGAGUGUCCUAGCGGGGAUGCCAGGGGGCUCCACCUCCAAAAUGCAAAUCAUUCGUCUCAAAACAGAUUGUGGACAAAGAAUAGUUGGUAGUUUGAUACCAGGCAACUGUGUGCAAGCCUUGACCUCCAUUCUUUCAGAAGGUUGUGACAAAAGUUUCACCGAGAAACACCCGCAGUCAGUCGAAUACGACGAUAAUCUGAGCAUGCCACUGCUGUUCUAAAAUAUUGGUGCUUACAUUAUUUUAUUGUUGACACUAUUCAUCCAUUAUGUUUCUUCUGUUUGAUUUCAUUGUUUUGAUGGAUCUGACUUUGAUUGCACACGAAGACUAUUUUAUACCCCUGCAAACAAAGUUUGGGAGGUAAACUGUAGUUAGAGGGGGGAGGAGUUAUCCUGAAUCAUCCUGUUCCUCUAUCCAUUUUGUCUGUCUGAAGACGAAAAAUUUCCAGACUUGAACUUCGAAACUCCAGUAUGAUUUCAUCUCAAAAUUAACCCAGACAUUGUUUUAUUAUUCUCACCUUCAUAAGAUUUAAUGUCUCCACUAAUAGUGCACUUGUGAUUAAAAAUAGUCAGGGAGAUAAUCGUUAAAAUUUUGCAAACUAAAUUUUACGUAAAUACUCCAAAGUUCAAUCUAUUCCAGAUAUUUAUAAUUAUUUUAUACAGUGUUUACUAAUGGGGACUAGAUAAUUUGUGAUGCAUAUUCCAUCGUAUGUUUAAUGUUCGUGGCGCCAUUUAGACAUAUCAUAACUUUUUCAUUAGUUAAGAAAGAUGUAAAAUCAAGAGGGACACAGUGAACCAAGAAUUAGCUGCAAAGCAGGGAGAAGCUCACUUGUCUAACACAUGGUAAAACUGUGAUUAGUUCAUUCAC